GAUUUAGACAUCCGCUUCAGAUCAUGACAUGGAAAAGAGUAAAAAGGAACAUACACUAACAUGUUCAAUGGAAAAAAAAGGUCUUCCUUCUGUACCUGAAAAAAAACUAGAGAAUUUAAAUCAAAUACCUCAAUUCAAUGACAUAGAUGAUUGUGAGUUUAACAGUGCUCAUUCUAGUCAAAACACUACAUCUUCUAUCAAAAUACUAAAAUCUUCUGAUGAGAAUCUAUCUAGACGUCAUGAUUUAACACACCAAUCUCCUUCUAUUCAUCGUAACUCAAAUUCUUCUCACAGACCCCUUAGUACAACUAAUAGAAGCCGAUCCAUUUUUAGGUCUCCUUCUAUUCUUCGUAAAUCAAGAUCUUACAUAACAAAUAGUAAUAAACACAAUAGCAGAAGUAAAAAUGCAGAUCGGAAAAAAUCUAGAUCUCCUCAUUCUUUUCAAAUUUCCAGGUAUCCAUCUACUUAUCAAUGCUCAAGGUCAAAUAGAUCAAGUUCUUCUUCAAGGUCAAGUAGAUCAAGUUCUUCUUCUUCAUUAUCUCCCUCUAAAAUAUUAUCAAAACAGUCAUCAAAUGCUAACUUAAAUGGAUUGCAAGAAUUGCUAAAUGAAGAAAGCAAUUUUAAAGACGUUGAUCAAAACAUCAGUUAUCCAAUCGAAACGGGAAAAUUCCAAAAAGGAGUAAUGAAAUUUAUGGGAGAAGUAAAGCUUUUCAUGAAUGACAUGAACAAAUUUAUGGGAAAGGAAUUAAGUAGUCGUGUUGAAUAUAAUCGAGAAGAAUUAAAACAACUCCAUCAUAUUGAUGAAUUUUUACAGUUUGAAGAAAAACUUGCUUUACCUGUAUUCCGAGCCAAAAUUGUUGAGCAUCUUAAACAAGUUGGGGGAGUUGAUGGUAAAGAUGCAACUCGAAGAAUACCGGAUAGACUUUUUUCUGUUGAGCUGCAAUCAAAUCUUAACAUGAAAGGAACGGGUCAGAAAUAUGGAAUUGAAGAUAAAUUGAUAUGGAAAAUAAUGAAAGAAAGCGUAUUGGUCAUUUUUCCACUAGUAAGUGAAGCUGAAAUUCGUCAAAAAGUCAGCGUUAAAUUAAAGAAUGCUCCAGGUAGAAAAAGUGGAGGAGGACGAAAUGCUAAAAAAAUGCAAAAUCGUUUAUAG